GGCGCGAGCGUGGGGAAGACCUCGCUGCUGCGGCGCUACACGGAGCGGCGCUUCCCCGACUCGGUUAGCACCGUGGGCGGCGCCUUCUACCUGAAGCCCUGGCGCGCGCUGCACCUGUCCAUCUGGGACACCGCAGGGCGGGAGCAGUUCCACGGCCUGGGUUCCAUGUACUGCCGGGGCGCGGCUGCCGUCAUCCUCACCUACGACGUGACGCACCCACAGAGCCUGGUGGAGCUGGAGGACAGGUUCCUGGGCCUGACCGACUCUGCCAACGAGGACUGCCUGUUCAUCAUCGUGGGCAACAAGGUGGACCUCACGGAUGAGGCCGGGGAGGCGGGUGGCGCCCGCACCGUGCCCAAGCAGGUGUUGCGGGAGGAUGCAGUGGCCCUGUACAAGAAGAUCCUCAGGUACAGAAUGCUGGACGAGAGGGACGUGCCAGCCGCCGAGCAGAUGUGCUUUGAGACCAGCGCCAAGACGGGGCACAACGUGGACCUGCUGUUCGAGACUGUGUUCGACAUGGUGGUGCCGAUGGUCGAGGGGCAGAAGGUGGAGGAGCCAGUGGGGACUGUGGACAUCACGAGCCACAAGCCCCCCACACGGACCAGACCUGGGUGCUGCUCUUCCUGAGAGGGGCACGGGGAAUCGGGGUGGCGCCAUCAAACCACGCACCGAGGGGACAGAGGGGUGGAGGUGACCGCGGGUCACAUAGUCACUGUCAUGGACAGCUGCGGAGCUGGGACACCCAUGCUGCCCUCCGGCCCCAGGGUGACUCUUGUCCUUGCACUGUGGAGCCCGUGGCCUGGCAGCUGUGUGGCCCCUGCCCGCGCCUGCAUGGUCACCGAGCUGGGCACCUUUGUGGCCUGCGGCUGCCCUCGUGUUUCUCCACCCCGACUCUCCCAGGUCCUUCCCCGGGCUCGGUGCCUCACGUAGCGAUUCUCCAUGUCUAUUUAUACAGUCAGGAAUGAUUUUAUAUUGGUGGAACCCGCGCAGGCCUCAUGUCUUAUUAAAAUAGAUUUUGGGAAAAGCCUGGUGUUGGGACUGCUGAUUUGCACCCAGAGACGCUGGUGUCUUUCUUUGAAGCUACAGAGGAGAAAAGGUGUCAGAUGUUAUCCUUGUAGUUCCUGUUUGAAGGCAGGGAAGGACUGGAAGAAUUCCUUUCCUUCCCUU